AUAAUGAAGCCGAACAGGCAAGUGAUAUGUCUUGUUAUCUUAUUGUGGGUUUGUGAGGCGGGCUCAGUAACAGGGAGGUUUUCUGUGGUGGAGGAAAUGGAGAUCGGUUCCUUUGUGGCUAAUGUAGCAAAGACUUUGGGGCUGGAGGCAGGGAAGCUGUCUGGCCGUGGGGCCCGAGUCCUCUCUGAGGACAGUCAGCAAUAUUUACAGCUUAACCUAGAGACUGGGGAUCUGUUCCUGAGAGAGAAACUGGACCGAGAGGAGCUGUGUGGUCCCACCGAGCCCUGUCUGCUGCCUUUUCAGAUCUUACUGGAAAAACCUUUUCAGAUAGUUCGCGCUGAGCUCUGGGUCCAAGAUAUAAAUGACCAUUCGCCUGUUUUCCUGAACACUGAAAUGCUUCUCAAUGUCCCUGAAAAUAGCCCACCGGGGUCUCUCUUUUCUCUGAAAACUGCGCAAGAUCUGGACGUAGGAAGCAAUAGUGUUCAGAGCUACAUGAUCAGCCUUAAUCCCUAUUUCCACGUUCAAACCCGUGCUCGCGGGGACGGCAGGAAGUUCGCGGAGCUGGUGUUGGACAAAGCCUUGGAUAGGGAGGUGCAGUCCGAGGUCACUUUAACUCUCAGUGCCCUGGAUGGAGGGUCCCCUCCUAGGUCUGGAACAGCUCAAAUCCGAGUCCUGGUUGUGGACAUCAACGACAAUGCCCCGGUUUUUGCCCAGGCCCAGUAUGAGGUUCAGAUUCCGGAGAGCAGCCCCAUCGGCUCCCUGCUUAUCACGGUCUCUGCUAGAGAUCUGGACAUAGGAAAUAAUGGGCAAGUAUCAUAUUCAUUUUUUCAAGGCUCUGAAGAAAUUGCAAGUACUUUUGAAGUAAAUCCCACCUCAGGAGAAAUUAGAAUGAAGAGAAAACUAGACUUUGAGGCAAUUAAGUCUUACGAGGUGGAUAUUGAAGCCACAGAUAGCGGGGGCCUUUCAGGAAAAUGUACUGUUAUGGUCCAAGUGACAGAUGUGAAUGACAAUGCCCCGGAACUCAUCAUAUCGUCAUUUACCAGUCCUAUCCCAGAGAAUUCACCUGAGACAGUGGUAGCUGUUUUUAAGAUUCGAGAUCAAGAUUCGGGGGAAAACGGACAAAUGGUUUGUUCUAUUGAAGAAAACAUCCCCUUCAUUUUGAAACCGUCUAUUGACAACUUUUACACUCUGUUAACGGAGAGCUCCCUGGAUAGAGAAAGUAGGGUCGAGUACAACAUCACCAUUAUAGUCACAGAUCUGGGGACCCCGAGGCUCAAAACUGAGCAUAAUAUCACCAUACUAAUUUCUGAUGUCAAUGACAAUCCUCCAGAGUUUACUCAGACAGCCUACACCUUCUACCUCCAGGAGAACAAUAUUCCUGCCCUUCACAUUGGUAGUGUGAGGGCCAAUGACAAGGACUCGGGGACCAAUGCCAAGAUUACCUAUUCUUUUCAAUCUCCUGAAGCUGGAGACCUGCCCCUCUUCUCCUAUAUCUCCAUCAGCUCUGACAAUGGCCAUCUCUAUGUCCUCAGAUCUCUGGAUUAUGAAGUGGUCCAAGCUUUCCAGUUCACUGUGAGGGCAACUGAUGGGGGCUCUCCAGCUCUGAGCAGCCAAACUCUGGUUCAGGUUGUAGUCCUGGAUGAAAAUGACAACUCUCCCUUUGUGCUAUAUCCACUGCAGAAUAGUACUGCUCCCUGCAAUGAGCUGGUGCCCAGAGCUGCAGAGCCAGGUUACCUAGUCACCAAGGUGGUGGCCGUAGAUAGGGACUCAGGGCAGAAUUCUUGGCUUUCCUACCAGCUGCUCAAGGCCACAGACCCAGGACUCUUCACUGUGUGGACCCACAAUGGGGAAGUGUGCACAGCAAGGCCCAUUAGUGACAGAGAUACUAUGAAACAGAGGCUUCUGGUGCUGGUGAAGGACAAUGGGGAGCCACCUCUGUCCACCAUGGUCACAUUGAAUGUGCUUCUUGUGGAUGGCUUCUCUGAGCCCUACCUGCAACUCCUAGAUGCACCUAAGGAGCAGGUCCAGAUUGACUCCCUCACUAUCUAUUUGAUCAUUUCUUUAGCAGUCAUCUCCUUUCUUUUUCUGGUCUCUAUUAUUAUGUUUAUUGCUAUUCGCCUGGGGAAGAGGAAAAGGGAUGCCACAGAUCAUAGUCAAUUUCAUCCAAAUGGACCCUUCCCAGGGUAUUUGAUGGAUGCCAGCAGAACAGGGACCUUGUCCCAGAGCUACCAAUAUGAGGUGUAUCUAACCACUGCUUCAGGGACCAGUGAGUUCAAGUUCCUGAAGCCCAUUCUACCCAGUGUCCCUCCUCGAGCUACUGGCAAGGACUCGCAGGAAAAUCCUGUCCUUAGAGAUAGCUACAUCCUUACUUAA